UACUAAUCGCGAUCUUAAUUCACUUUGUUUUCGUUGAUUAGUUAAUCAUCAUCAUGAUCAUUUCGCAAUCGUUUUAAUCUCACUUUUCUCACUCAAUUUCUCUCUAUCUCUCUAUCUCACUCUCUUCUCUCUUAUCUUGUCUUCAUUCUCCUUCUCUGUAACUUCUCAGUUCUGAUCAAAUACUUGACUUGUUUUGGUAAAAGUUGAUUUUCUGUUUUCUUGCUGUUCCAAUGGCUCAUCUUCUUGAAUCCUCGUCCUUCCAUAAUCCCAUAUUGAAAUUAUCCGACGAAUCGUUGGAAAAACAGGUAAAUGAAAUCACCAAAGGAUUUAAGUUAACUAAAGAUCAAUUGAAUGGGAUUAGAGAGAAAUUUCUUUAUGAGAUUAACCUGGGAUUAAAUGAUCCAUCCAAAGCUGGAAGUAAAGAGUGUUCCUUACACAUGAUAAACACAUACAUCGUGAAUCUGCCCAAUGGUCAAGAAAUUGGUGACUUUCUGUCACUCGAUUUAGGAUCAACCAAUUUCCGUGUUUGUCUCUCAACAUUGAGUCCAAAUCAAUCUGACCAAUUCAACGUCAAGUAUUACGAUAUUCCUGAUGAACUGCGGAAAGGAACAUCGGAAAUGUUAUUCAAUCAUAUCACUGAAUGUGUUGGUAGUUUCAUGGAAGAUUAUCCAAGAUUAAAGGACCAAACAACAUUAUUGGGAUUCACUUUUUCGUAUCCGAUGAAACAAGAGGCCAUUGAUGUCGGUAAAUUGGUUACAUGGACCAAAAGUUACGAUAUAAAAGACGCAAUCGGUCAAAAUGCUGCUGAAUCUUUGCAAAAGUCGAUCGACCGAAAGGGACUUAACAUUCGUGUUGCAGCCAUUUUGAACGAUUCGAGUGGUACUUUGGUCAAAGGAAUUUACCUCGAUCAAGACUGUGGUGUUGGAGUCAUCAUGGGAAGUGGGUUCAAUGCAUGUUACCUGGAGAAGGUGGAGAAAGUUACAAGUUUCAAGAAGAAUACAAAUCUCGGGUCAGAAAGAGUCUUAAUCAACCUUGAAUGUGGAGGAUUCGGUGAUAAUGGUUGUAUUGAUUUCGCUAAAACAUCAUUCGAUAAAGAAGUCGAUCAAGAUUCUCUUUUUCCAGGAUCUUUUUCAUAUGAAAAGUUAUUUUCUGGAGUUUUCAUUGGUGAUCUCGCCCGACGCGUGAUGAUCGAAGUGGCAUCAAAAGGACUUCUAUUCAACGGUAAAGUCACCGAACAAUUGAAAAACAAGGAUUCAUUUACUGCUGAACAUAUUUCCACAAUUGAAGGAGACGAAAAUAAUGCCAAAACCAAGGAAAUCAUCACUAAGAAUCUUGGAUACGCUAAUUUCUCAAAUGAUGACGUUGAAAUCGUCAAAUACAUUUGUGCCAUUUUAUCAGUUCGAACGGCCUUGUUUAUCGGAAUUCUUCUUUCAACUUUAAUCGAGAGAAUCGAUAAACCAUUGACCAAGAUCGCUAUCGAUGGAUCUUUAUACAAACAUCACCCGAAAGUCCCUAAACUAAUGACCGACUUUAUCAAAGAAUUGGCCCCGGGACGAAAAUUUGACCAUUUUCUUGCCGAAGAUGGAAGUGGUAAAGGAGCUGGACUCGUUGUUGCCGCUUUAGCUCGAGAAAGACUAUUAAAAGGGUCACUUUAAAUUCCAAGAGCGAUUUUAAUUCCAUAACUCAUGGAAUAUAUUGCAAGUAACAGAACCUAUUCCAAUCAUUGAAAUCUUUUAUUCACAAAUUGUAUUCCAAUCAGUUUUUAAUUGUAAAUUCGACUUUUAUCUCGGCCACUCAAAGUUUGCGAAUAAAAUUGUUAAUUUUUACUA